AUGGAAGCAGCUGCGGUUGGCACCGCGGUCGGCAAGCUCGCGCCUAAGCUCUAUGACCUGCUGCUAGCAAAUCGCAGGGUGCGCGCGGAUCUGGAGCAUGACAUCGAGUCCAUCAAGAAGGAGCUUCUCAUGAUCUCUGCCGUCAUCCGACAAGAUGGCGGGAGGAGGAGGGGCGGCGACGACGACGUCCACGGCCGCUGGAUCGCGAUGGUGCGUGAGCUGGCGCGCGAGAUCGAGGACUGCGUCGACAGCUUCACGCACCGCGUGGCGCUCGCGUCCGGCACGUCGUGGAUCCGUCGGAAACUCCACCGGGUGAAGACGGUGAGGGCCCGUAACCAGUUUGCUGCGGCCAUCCGCCGUCUCAAGAAGAAAUCAGCCGAGGCAGCCAUGCUGCGAAACAAGUACGAGCCAGAUGCAUCCUCCGUGCCCACAACAAACUUCCACACCGGCAACACCGGAUCCAGCUGCAACUUGGUACCUGAUGAUGAUGAGGAUACGGAGACGGACACCGUGGCCGUGGGCAUCGACGCUCAGCGGGAUGAGCUCCUGGAGAUGAUAAGGGGGCAACAACCCGAGGAUCUCAAGGUGAUCUCCCUUGUUGGGUUCGGUGGAAUAGGGAAGACUCUUCUCGCCCGGCAAGCCUACGACGACACGGUUGAGGAAGGGGAAUACCACGUACGGGCUUGGGUUCGUGCUGCGGACAAAGAUGCAAGAGAUGUUCUCAAGGGAAUACUCCGGCAGCUUGGAGUUUCAGGCAGCAGCUCCUGCCAUCUCAGGAAGCUCCGCGCAAGCCUCAGGGAGUGCCUCGGAAGCAAGAGGUUCUUCAUUGUGAUUGAUGACAUACGAGCCGCAUUUUGGCACGAUAUAAAAGAUGCCUUCCCUGUUGUUCCGGGAGUGAGCAGCAUAGUUAUGGUGACGACAGCCAUUCAGUCCAUAGCAAAUGCCUGCAGCACCACCCAUGGUCAUGUCUAUGUGAUGAAAACUCUAGCCGAGGAACAUUCAAGACAAUUGUUCCUCAAAGAAGCUUUCUUGGAAGAUGCACCAGCACCUGGUGAUCGCUUGCAGCUUAGUACUUCACAAGCACUGACCAAAUGUGAUGGUCUACCCCUUGCUCUUGUUACCACUGCCCAGUUCUUGCAAAGUAGAGGGAAUCCAGAAAGGUGGGGAAAUCUAUGCAAAUACCUUGGCAAACAUUUGGAGACAGAAAAUACCUUAGCAAGAAUGAAGCGUGUGCUCGUCCAUAGCUACACUAGCCUUGGUAGUGAAGAUGUCAAGACCUGCUUGCUAUAUCUGAGUAUUUACUCAAGUGGCCAUCCAAUCAGAAGAGGAAUUCUGAUAAGGAGAUUGUUAGCUGAAGGACUCAUCAACGAAGACAAUAGACGCAGUGCCCUCAGUGUUGCUAUUGACUGUUUUAAUGAGCUGGUCAAUCGGAGUAUCAUUCAACCUAUUCAUGCCAGCGGUGCAGAGGUGAAGAAAUGCCAGACUCAUGGCAUGAUGCUCGAGUUCAUCCUGCACAAGUCCAUGUGUGAAGACUUUGUUACAUCAUUGUAUCAUAAGGAUCCCCUACCUGGGAGUAAUAUCCGUUGGCUUUCACUGCACAAUAAAACUGUUGAAAGGUCCAAAAUGAAUCCAAAGAGUUUACGUCUUGUCCGGUCCCUGACAGUCUUCGGUAAGGCGCACAAAUCUGUCUUGGACUUUUCCAUGUACAAACUGUUGCGUGUCUUGGAUCUAGAAGAGUGCAAUGAACACUUGGAUGACAAGCAUCUCAAGGAGAUAUGCAACCUGUUGCUGCUCAGAUACCUAAGCCUCGGGGGCGCUGUUAUGGUUACUGUGCUUCCCAAAGAGGUCAAGAAGCUUCAAUUUUUGGAGACAUUGGACAUAAGAAAAACCAAGAUAGAGAUUCUGCCCGCACAAGUCAUGGAGCUGCCAUGUUUAGUUCAUCUGUUUGGAAAGUUCAAGCUCCAACACAAUGUCGGAGACCGGAGAAUGGGUAAGCUAAAGACUUGGUUAUCAGAGAACAGCAAAUUAGAAACGCUGUCCGGAUUUGUUGUGGACAAGAGCCAAGAAUUGCCACAGCUCAUGGAUCAUAUGGAGUACCUGACAAAGGUAAAAGUAUGGUGCGAGUCCACCGGCACCAAUGCCUUUGCCAACAACAACUUAAGUCAUCUCUCAAAAGCCAUCAAGGGGUUCAUCCAGAGAGGCACCCAACCAAACGAAGCUCGUUCACUCUCUCUGAACAUCAACGAUGAAUGGUCCCAAGACUUUCUGGAUUUCUCCAUGGAUAGGGAUAACUCCUACUACCUUAGCUCACUCAAGCUACGAGGGAACAGAAUAUGCAGCCAGCUGCCUCUGUUUGUAAUCAUGCUGGGUGGUCUCACUAAGUUGUGUCUGUCAUUCCCUGAUGAUUAUAAGCUGAGUGGUAACUUUCUAGAUUCCCUGAGCAGAGUGAGUGGCUUGGAGUACCUGAAGCUGAUUGCAACUCAACUGGACAAGCUUGUCAUUGGACAAGGCGCACUCAGAAGCCUACAACGCCUAUGCGUCAUGGUAGAAGUCAUGACUGAGCUGGAAAUCCAAGAGGGAGCUAUGCCACGUGUCGAAGCACUCCAGUUGCUAUGUAAGAACAUGAAUGGCUUUAGUGGGACCACGAUCCAGUGCCUACCACGUCUUAAGGAGGUUGCUCUUCAUGAUGGACUGAGCAACCAAACAAAACAGGACUGGAAAGAAGCAGCAAAGAGACACCCAAGAUAUCCCAAGCUCUUAUUCGUCACGAGAGAAAUGGUUAAUGAGCCUACUGCGAAAUUUACCCCUGCGGCAACAAUUACUGAUAUGAUGGCCCAAGAAGUUCAUGUGGGAAGCAAGCUUGCAGGGAAUUUUGAUAGCCCUGUGAUACCGCCUACUGCUACGACGUUAUCAAUGACAACGCCUCCCGGUGCCAUUUCGAAUGGAGAGUCCGGUAAGCAAGCUUUACCGAUUGCUACUUCUGAGCUGAAAAGUGAGCCUGCUGUGGAAAUCCCCAUGGCACCAGCUGCUACUACUAAUAUGACAUUGCCGGUGAAUCAUGACGCUUCUGCUAAUGCACAACAAGAAUAUUCUGUACAAGUUGUUACUUCUGAGAUGGGAAGUGUGAUGGCUGCAAAAAUCCAUGUGGCGCCAGUCACUACUGAUAAUGCGACCUUCUCGGUGAAUCACGAUGCCUUUGCUAAUGCACAACAAGAAUGUUGUCCAAUCAACAACAUGGAAAGUUUUAAAAAGAAGACCUAA